AUGGACCGCAGGGGAUUUCUCUCACUUUUUUAUCUGCCCUUCAGUGCUAAGAACAAAGUGGGAGCGCCUCAGCCUGGCUGUCAAGCCCUUCAUCCAUUCACCGAGGGAGGUGACUGGUCCAGGGGCGAGGGGAGACUCCUUUCUCUCCGGGAGUUUUCAGAUAAAGGCUGGAAUCCUGAGAAGGGUGGAAGGUGCGGGAAUGGAUGCCAUGGAGUACAGGCUGGACAUUUUCCAUGGAGCCAGCAACUCGGAUUUAGGUGCCAGCAGAUGGUGACUGAGGUGCCCCGCUCUCUGGAAGUCCAGGCACCAGCUCAGCUCCACACUUACCUAGGCCCGGUGAGCAGAACAAGCUGA